GAUUCCACCAACAAACGCCAAACGGUGGUGUACAUUCCUCGCCCAAAAGUCUUCACGGCAAACAUGCAUGUUUUCAGCGAUUUGGGGGCGUUUUGUAACACCACAGGGUUCGUUCCCACUUCCGCUCCUAUUAAAAUGAAAUCGAAGAUGCCAAACAUUUUGAAACAAGGUUUUCGUACAAAACUGUACAGACGUGGAGAGAGAAGAAAAAAGAGCUGAUCUCCGAAAUGUACAAACACCAGGACUCUCUCAUAGUCCUCAGAAAGGCCAGAAAGGCAUGCUGGAAGAGUGAGGGAAAAUUAAUCAUUGCCACACAGAAAUGUUCAGACCGGCAAAACCAGACGGAUGUAGAUGUUCGGCCAAAGGCAUUGAAGAAGCUGGAGAGCAUCCUGGAGCGAAAGCAGGUGAAGCACCAGCAGAAUGUAGAGACGUUUAUGGAAUCAUUUAAGAACGAAUUCACUCUCAGGAAAUCUGUCCUCGAGCAAGCGCAAAGGCUUGAGAGUCUCAUCCUGGCGGAGAUGGAGGCGGCCAUUACCCUUCUGAUGAACACGAACAGGCAGGAUAUCAGUGCUGAGCAGGUUGCAGACUUCGCGAGGUUAAUUUACGGCAAGACCUCCCGCGCAUAUUGCUUUAAGAACGCCUUGCCCGAACUCUGCCUCAAGGAGAGGGUCUUGCUUUCAACCUUCGACACCAGCAGGAUCAACAGGAAGGGCAUGCUUAGGCUGUCGGCCUAAGGCGGAGCUCAUCACUGG